ACUCGGUGUUAAGCUGGUUUGUCUGGCACGGGCUGGUUGGUCGGUUUGUUGAGGGUAGCCAUGGCCCGACUCGCUGUGCUACUGCUGUUACCGGUUCUUAUCGAAUCCGUCUUUUCCAUUUCUUUCUUUUUACCGGUCAACACAAGAAAGUGUUUACGAGAGGAGAUCCACAAAGACGUCCUGGUCACGGGAGAGUAUGAAAUGAGCGAGCAGGCGAACACGAAAACUAACCUGAAGAUCACAGAUUCCUCCAGUCACACUCUUUACUCCAAGGAAGAUGCAACAAAAGGAAAGUUUGCAUUCACCACAGAGGACUAUGACAUGUUUGAAGUGUGCUUUGAGAGCAAAUCACCCAUGGGGACUGGAAGAGUGCCUGACCAGCUGGUCAAUCUGGACAUGAAGCAUGGCGUGGAGGCCAAAAACUACGAAGAGAUUGCCAAGGUGGAGAAGCUGAAGCCCCUGGAGGUGGAGCUGAGGCGACUGGAGGACCUGUCAGAGUCCAUCGUGAAUGAUUUUGCAUACAUGAAGAAGAGAGAGGAGGAGAUGCGGGACACCAAUGAAUCCACCAACACACGCGUGUUGUACUUCAGCAUAUUCUCCAUGUGCUGUCUCAUCGGGCUAGCUACAUGGCAGGUCUUCUACUUGAGGCGCUUCUUCAAGGCAAAGAAGCUGAUUGAGUAGAGCGACACUUAGCUCCUUUACCUCGGGGGAAGCUGCCUGCCAGCCAGCCAACACAUCCCAACAUCCACCCUCCUUGGACUAGCUUCAGCAAACAACAGCGAGCGGGGCUGAGGGGCUCAAUUUCUAGUUUUCACAGCUGUAAGAGAGAGUACCUGGGUUGUCCUCUGAAAAAAAAAGAUUCACUUGCUUAUUAAGUGGUUUGAAACAUGCAAAGCGCUUGUAGGGAGAAAUGCAAUGUGAGCAAUGGAAGACUAAGUGGUACCUUUCAUUUCUGUCUGCAUUGUUUUGAAUGUUGCAGCUCACCAAAUAAGAACUUGUUCCUCCAAUAAGUUGAACAGCGAUGUUUGAUUUUGAGCUCAGUUUGAAUGGAUGUGCCAUGAGCGAACGUCUUUUGCCCUUCUGUCGAUGUACACAUUCUUUGCUACGCCAAGCAAACUAGAUCCUUGGUGCCCUUUUUAUCAAGUGAAGGCUAUUUGAAAGAGUGGCUUGUUGUUACUUUGAUGAAAGAAUUGGCGACCACUGAACUUCUGUGUCAUGUCACUUAAUUUGCAUACGCUUUGUAGCUAAAUUUAACCGUCUCUAGUUUGUUUCAUAUUGUAAAUGCUAUUUAGUUGCUUCAAUUGUUUUUUGUUUUUUUUUGCGGGGGGUUGUGAGCUUUCAGAGUAAUAUUCUUAGUUAUAAAAGGUCACUUCUAUGAGCUCUUGCACGUUCUAGUUUUGUUUUUGAAACAUCCAGACAUUAAUUUAUCACCAGUCAGAACAGCCAGGAACCAAAACCCCUGUACAAGUUUCUCUUGUCAAAAUAAAAUGGGUGUUUUUAUGGCAACUAAAAUAAGGCACCCAAACAUAUUUUCAAAUUCCCUUUCAGUCAUCCUCCCUUUAUCUUUACACACUGGUAAAUUUAGUUAUGUGUUUGUAAUUUUCAAAACAACAUGUUAUGAUUACAGUACUUUGCACAUCCAUCCAGCUUGCUUUUUUUUUCCUCCACAUGAGGCUUGGGUCACAUAAGAGUGUGGGAUUGUUUUUGACAGGGAUUAAUGAAGGCAUCUGUCAUAGAAACAUUUUUAACAAUGGACAUGCGCAUUGUGCGUAAUCAAUAAUUUUUAUGUUGACUGAUAAGUUUUGUAAAUUUGUGUUGGGCUUUUAUUCAAUAAAAUAUUGGAUGGAUUUACAGUA